AAGGGGGGGGGGGGGGGUAUAGGCAGGAAGGAAAGAGAGAGAAGGGGUGUGGGGGAUUGGAUUGGAUUCGUUCUUUCUUCUACAUUUUUCAUAUCACAAACAUACAACCAGCCAGCCUUCGUAUAUUUGUUUGUGACCCGAUUUCAUAUUUCUCUCUCGCGCUCUCCAAUUUGCCGAUUCGCUCCCUGAAUGCCUCACCAGUGUUCAGGUUAAUUGUGGCAAUCUUCCAACGGAGGAGCGAGGGAAUUUACGACGGUGGUCGGAGAUUAGCGGCCUGGAUCUUGCAACUAAUAUAUGCAAUAUGCCAACCCCAAGCAUAAUGUGAUGGCUAAUCUCCUAUGGAAAGACGAACCCUCUGAUAGAUUUUCUUAGAAUCUGCUCGAUAUUAUUAGCAUGUAUGUGUUGCAACAGCCAUUCUUACCUACAUUAUAUACACCAGGAUGGCUGUAGUCAUUGAUCGCCCUCAUCAAACAUUUAAGCCCCUUGCCAGACUUCCAAGAUGCAGGCUCCAAUCCUACUCUCAUUUGCGCGAUUUCGCCCAAAACAUUACACACAUCCACAAAAGCUAUUCCACCCCAUGCCUUUCUGUAACUACCAAAGACUUUGAAUCACCCAACCCACGAAUCGAAAUCAUCUGCGGUCGCAAGGCGCCAAAGGUUCAUGCGCUUGUGGCUGAGGUCGCCAUUGCAUUAGCAUCAGGGGUCAAACCCACGCCAGUGCCAACCGGCCUUGGCGGGGCAUACUAUUUGCAGUCCAGAAAAGGUAGCACCAUUGCGGUUGUCAAGCCGGCCGAUGAAGAACCCUUGGCAUUCAACAAUCCUAAAGGUUUUGCCGGCCGGAUGUUGGGCCAGCCUGGGAUGAAACGUUCUAUCAGGGUAGGGGAAACCGGCCUCCGGGAACUGGCUGCAUAUUUGCUUGACCAUGGUGGCUUUGCAGGCGUUCCUCCAUCAGCACUUGUUAAAAUAUGUCAUGUCAAGUUUAAUGUAAAUAAAAACAACAUGGGAUUGGCUACCAACCCACCUUUUAAAAUCACAUCAAUACAACGAUAUGUGGAACAUGAGACAGAUGCAGGAGAUCUGGGCCCGUCGGGCUUCUCGGUUAGUUCUGUUCACCGUAUCGGUAUACUUGACAUUCGGCUCCUUAACCUUGACAGACAUGCAGGGAACAUGCUUGUGAAGAGUUUUCACGGUAGCUAUGUUGCUGGGAUGGUUGAACUUGUCCCCAUUGACCACGGGUUUUGUUUACCCGAGUCAUUAGACGACCCGUAUUUCGAAUGGCUACAUUGGCCCCAAGCUUCAAUGCCAUUUUCGGAAACGGAAACUGAUUAUAUCUCAAAUCUUGAUCCGUUUAAAGAUGCUGAACUUUUAAGAACCGAGCUUCCAUUAAUCAGGGAGUGCUCUGUCCGUGUUUUCAUACUUUGUACCGUUUUCUUGAAACGGGCAACUGCUGCUGGACUUUCUCUUGCUGAUAUAGGUCAAAUGAUGACACGGGAUUUUAUCGGAGGUGAAGAAAGUUGGAGUAUUUUGGAGAAUAUUUGUGUAAACGCAAAGGCUAACUUGGAAAUGGAAAUAGCAAGUGGCGGAAAUGAUGAAGUAAAAGAAUUCGAUCAAAUGUUUGCGUUUGAUAAGGAGAUUGAGGACGAGCUGAACCCGAAUGAGGGUGUUUCUAUACAAUCAGCAACUGAUAAACUACCAAAAUUGAGUACGUUGAGUGAUGCAUGUUUGGUCCGAUUAGUACAAGAAUGUGAUAUUAAAGACGGUUGUAGUCCAGCUGGGAUACCAAUACUAAGAAGCAUGAGCUUUGCGGCUCAUACCAACAAUCAUGAUACAGGAGUGUGUGUUUCGUUUGAGGAAAUGAAGGAAGACGAAUGGUCAUCGUUCUUGGAGUAUUUCAAGGAGCUUUUACCAGAGGCUUUUGAGGAGAAAAAGAGCACGGGCUUGUUGAAACAGAGGUUAGGAAAUUCUUGUGAAUUCUGAAGAGAACGUUGAUUUCGUGAACAAAAGCAGCUGCUAAUUGAUUCCAAUGCAAGUAGCUGUACAUUAUACAUGGCCAAAACUACUACUAUUACUGUUGUAGACUGUAAAUAACUUAUACGUCGGAAAAGCGAAAGGCUAAUCUGCCAUCCUUUCCAUCUACCCUUUAGGUUACUUUCCCUUCUUUGUUACUUUUACCCUAUAUAGAAGUCAGAUAAGUAAUUGUACAAAAACAAACAUCUCAAUUGGUGCAUAGGUUUUAGGUAUAUAGGUAUGUUUAACGUGUACUAUACAGAUCUGGAUUUAUCAGACACUCUUUAUUUUGUUUAUU